AAUGUAUUCGUAUAAAUGAAUGUAUUUAUUAUAAAUGUUUUAUUGUAUGGUUUGGUUUGUGGUUAUAGCGCAUCACCCACCCGGAUCCCCGUGCUGGGACAACGUGGAUGUGGGCGUGACCUGUCCGUCGGGCAGCCAAGGUCAACCCGGCACCCGCUACUUCCACAACCAUGACGACGACAAAUGCAAGCCAUUCGCCUACAAGGGAUGCGGCGGCAACAAGAACAACUUCAACACCCACGACGAGUGCCACAAGCAAUGCUCGCAUGAGCACUCCCCUCAUAAGCAUUGAGACCACAUUCCUUCACAUGAUUCUGCUCCGAAUCUCUAGAAUGGUCUGUCAACUUCGCAAUGCAUCUAGUCUGUUCAAACAUUUUUAUAAAACUUUCAAUUGUUAAUAAAAUAAUACAAACUACAUAAUAACAAA